GAUAUCGAACGUUGCAAUUCCACUUGAGUGGUAAUCGAUUAACGCCCCAGUCUUUUAUUCAGCUCUCCGUCGAGGAUAAGCUCAGAGGUCACGCUCGUAGGGUUCAGAAGCUCAAAAAGAUGGGAGUGCCAGACGGUGAUGCAGAAAAGGGGAAGAAGGUGUUUGUUCAGAGAUGUGCCCAGUGCCAUACUGUAGAAUCAGGUGGCAAGCACAAGACUGGUCCCAAUCUGCAUGGCCUAGUUGGCCGAAAAACUGGGCAGUCACCAGGUUUUGCAUACACAGAUGCCAACAAGGCCAAAGGUAUCACCUGGAAUAAGGACACGUUAUUCAUAUACCUGGAGAACCCCAAGAAAUACAUCCCUGGCACAAAGAUGGUGUUUGCUGGCAUCAAGAAACCACAGGAACGAGCAGACUUGAUUGCAUAUCUAGAACAGUCAACAAAGUAGAUCUCCAAUUAGUUAUAUUUGUAGUGAUUCCACCUGGGAGGUGGACUAAAUGAGAACUUAGGUGUUUAGAUUAUAGUGAUUUGAAGACUGGUGCAUCCUCAAACAACCUUGACAUAUUAAAAAAACUCUCGUGUACAGUUUUUAACUUAUUUGGCUGUUUGUCUGUGCUGGACACUGUUAUAGCAGGCUAUCAUAUAAUAUUUCUUUUGUGUCAUGGUAUAUAAGAAUUUGUUUGUUGAUAUAAAAAAUCUACAAUAAAUACAAACUGAAAAAUUAAA